GUGAAUUUGGAAAACAACCUAGCAUCGUAAGUGUUCGUAAUGGCAUGGUUAUGGUAAGACGUGGAGAUGGUGCUAUUGUGGCUAAUUCUUUUUAUACUUUAUUUAUAAAUUUGUAUGACCACAUCUCAAACAAGAGAUUGAAGGAAGCGCUUUCAAUUUGUCGUUUAGCCGAGAAUAAGAUAUUAUGGACUUGCAUGGCUAUCAUGGCAAUUGAUAGUAAAGAACUACAUGCUGCGGAAGAAAGUUACGCAGCUAUAGGUAGAUGUGAUACAGUCGAUUAUAUUAAAUAUAUUAAGAGUUUGCCUAGUGCUACAGAAAGAAAUGCAGAAAUGGCACUAAUGGCUGGAGAUUUACUGGCAGCAGAAGGUAUAUUGUUACAAAGUGGUUUGAUUAAAGAAGCUAUACGUAUCAACAUCAAGGUUUAUAAUUGGAAUAGAGCUUUGGAAUUAGCAAUAAAACAUAAAAGGCAACUUGAAGAGAUUCUAAAUGCAAGAGCAAAAUAUCUGCACACUAUUAACAAAACCGAAACAAAUCAAAGCUUUCUCACACUUAAAGUCAAUAUUUCGACACCACAAUUGGUGAAUAAAGAAAGCAAUGAAAAAAAAAUUGAUAUUCAAAAUGAUGUUGAACAAAUCGAUAUUGAAUAAAAUAUACCAUCCAAAUCAUGAAUUGCAACAAUAUAAUCUUACAAAUUCUAAUAAAAUAAUUAACAUACAAUAG